AUGUCAGGAGGACUGAAAAAUAGCAAGCAUGAAUGCACACUGUCUUCCCAGGAAUAUGUUCAUGAAUUACGAUCUGGUAUCACAGAAGAAAAACUUCUCAACUGCUUGGAGUCUUUGAGAGUGUCUCUGACCAGCAAUCCAGUCAGCUGGGUUAACAAUUUUGGACAUGAAGGUCUUGGACUUCUGUUGGAUGUACUGGAAAGACUCUUGGACAAGAAACAGCAAGAAACUAUCGACAAGAAGAAUCAGAAUAAACUUAUCCAGUGCCUCAAAGCAUUUAUGAACAACAAAUAUGGAUUGCAAAGGAUUCUAGGAGAUGAUAGAAGCCUUUUGUUACUAGCAAGAGCAAUUGAUCCAAAGCAGCCAAACAUGAUGACAGAAACAGUAAAGAUACUUUCUGCUAUUUGUAUUGUUGGAGAAGAAAAUGUUCUUGAUAAGCUUUUAGAAGCUAUAACUACUGCGGCUGAGAGAAAUAAUCGAGAACGCUUUUCUCCAAUUGUGGAAGGGCUGGAGAACCACGAAGCUUUGCAAUUACAGGUGGCUUGCAUGCAGUUCAUAAAUGCCCUUGUCACCUCCCCUGAAGAUCUUGAUUUUAGGAUACACUUGAGAAAUGAAUUUCUUCGUUGUGGAUUGAAAAAAAUAUUGCCUGGUUUAAAAAAGAAGGAAAAUGAAGAGCUGGAUAUUCAGUUAAAAGUGUUUGAUGAAAACAAAGAGGAAGACUUAAUUGAACUGUCACACCGUCUCAAUGACAUCAGAACUGAAAUGGAUGAUAUGAAUGAAGUAUACCAUCUCUUAUACAACAUGUUGAAGGACACCAGUUCUGAAAACUAUUUCCUGUCAAUUCUGCAACACCUUUUACUCAUCCGGAAUGAUUAUUAUAUUCGACCUCAGUACUACAAAAUAAUUGAAGAAUGCAUUUCACAAAUCGUACUGCACUGCAGUGGUAUGGACCCAGAUUUUAUAUGUAGAGGAAGAUUGGAUGUAGAUUUUACUCACCUUAUUGAUGUGUGUGUAGACAAAGCAAAAGUGGAAGAAAGUGAACAGAAGGCAGCAGAAUUUUCUAAAAAGUUUGAUGAAGAAUUCAGUGCUCGACAAGAGGCACAGACUGAGCUUCAGAAACGAGAGGAGAAAAUAAAAGAACUGGAGACAGAAAUCCAGCAACUACGAACUCAGGGUUCUGGACUUCAUUCUAGUCAGUCAGCAGCUGGGGUUCCUCCACCAUCCUUCCCAGGAGGAAUCCCCCCCCCCCCUCCUCCCCCCCCCCCCCCACCACCACCAUUACCUGGUGCAAUCUCACCUCCACCUCCAUUGCCUGGAGGGGGUGUACCUCCACCCCCACCCCCACCUCUGUUAGGUGGACCACCACCACCACCACUUCUCGGAGGCAUACCUCCUCCUCCAGGAUUUCCAGUAUCGCUUCCUUAUGGAAUGAAGGAAAAGAAGAAGUACAAGCCUGAAGUAACUAUGAAGAGAAUCAACUGGUCAAAGGUUGAGCCGCAAGAAAUAUCAGAACACAGCUUUUGGGUAAAAGCCAAUGAGAAUAAAUAUGAAAAUCCAGAUCUUCUGUCAAAACUGAGGCUUACUUUUGGUACACAGAUGAAAGCUAGGAGGGCAGUAGAAGACAUGGAGGAAAAGAAAAUCGUUAUGCCAAAGAAAAGAGGUAAAGAACUGAGAAUCUUGGAUGGAAAAACAGCACAGAAUCUGUCAAUUUUUCUAGGAUCUUUCCGCAUGCCUUAUGAAGAAAUAAAAAAUAUUAUUUUGGAGGUAGAUGAAAUGAAGCUGAGUGAAUCCUUGAUACAGAAUCUGGUGAAGAAUCUUCCUGAACAGAAGGAACUCAGUGCCUUAGCCCAGUUAAAGGAUGAAUAUGCUGAUCUUUGUGAGCCAGAACAGUUUGGAGUUGUGGUAUGUAGUAGCCCAAUAAUUCAACUGAGGGUUGUACUUCGUACUCCUCACUUAAUGACCUACGUGUUUAACGACUGCGUGGACUUACGACCAGCUCUCCGAGCAGUCGGUACUCUGAGCAG